UUAUUCUUAAUUUUUUAGAAAAUGUUAUAUUUUGAGUAUUUUCUAAAAGCAAGCUAAAUGACACAAAAGGUUUUCAAGUUCAAUGCGUAUUGGAUAAUAGCCGGUUUUCUGUUUGGGAUUCUGCUACACGUUGGGCCGUCAAAAGAGGCAAAAUUAGAGAAAAGCGCCAUUAAACAAGUAUUAAAGAAUUAUGAAAAGGUUGUCGACGCUCAAUCAUCACUUACCGAUGCCAGUUCAGAAGUUCUUUUUCGUGGGAAGCGACAUACUGCAGAUCAUCUUAUGAACGAUAAAUAUUCGAGAACUUUGAAGUCCCACGCAAGAAAACAAAUUUUAUCAACAUUGUUGAAGCUGGUUGGAUCUACAGCAGGAGGCCCCUGCCAAUGUGAAUCCCAUUCUCAUCUGGAUGACCAGACUUCAAGACUCAAAUCAAGACAGGAUGCAAUAUCUAAACGCGUUCACACGGAACCCUCUUUUGACUGCAACUGCGACAUGUACUCACUUGUUUCGUACCUCGCGGAAAGACUAAGUCAAGGUGGCGAAGAUGAAGAAAGUACCGGCAGCGAUCCUCUUUCUGGUUACCUUUCCCGAUUAAGCCCCUCUGUCAAAGCACGUUUGGUUCACUUUUUAAAUGAAGAAUCGAUGCGCAUUAAAAGAAAUGAAAUGUUACGUAAACUGAGGCGCAUGAGACUGCACAGACAAUUUUUACAUCGAAGGCGUCUGCUGAGAAAUGAUCCUAACGCUGCUUUCCGUGGAAAGCAAUUUCUUUCUUUCUAGUUGUAGUGUCACCUGAGCAAGACGAAAUAAAGAUACUUCGGAAAAUCCCAGGCGCCAUAAUGUCCAAACUAGGGCAAGCGAUGGAAUACGGAUAAUGGCAAUGUGUGACAUCUUUCAAUAUCGAGUUGUUAAGUGACAUGUGGGAGUACAUGCCAUAUUGGCAAAAUAAUAAUUAUAUUUUUGUUACUUAUUUCUAAGCUUGUGGUUGCCGUGUCCAUCCAAUAAUAUCGUUUUGUGACCUAUUAUUAGACGACCUACUUCUAAGUGUUAUAAACGUAGUUCAUUCAAAGUGUUUAUUGUGUUUUUCAUAUUUGUCCAACGUUCUCAAACGCUACGCUGAAACAAUCCUGCUAAUUUCUUUCUCCUUUUUUUCAACUACAAUUUAAUCGAGGAAAAAAGUUGUUCUUGACAAAAAAUUGUAACUUUCAAUUUUCAAAAAUAUUAUUGGAUGGAUUUUUGGACAAAAUGUUUGAACCUCAGCUUUACCCAGUUUGCAUUUACCUGAUAACUAUCAACGACAGUUUUUAAUGAAUUCUAAUAAAUACCAUGUUUAGAGAUCAGCAAACAUGAUUUUAAAGCUACGAUUAUGAUAUUAAAACGGUUCAAUUUUGUAAUAUGAUAUAAUAUUUUUCUAAUAUGAUCAUUGUAUUCUGUUACUAUUUUUCGCGCAGUGUUGAAAUUGUUUAUUAUAUAUAUAUAUAUAUUUGUUUUGUUCUAUGUUGGGUUUUGACAUAUUGUAAGUAUAAUAAUGAUUUGAUUAAAAAGACGACAUUAUUAUUAUAUAGAUCAAGAAAAAUAAUUUGAGUGAUUAAAAUUCAGUUUAUACCAACCAGAGUCCUAUUUUGAAGAUUAUUUUUGAACUCAAUAACAUAUCUUCAAUGUAGUCCCCUCAUUUAUUUUCCGAAAUUAAUCGAAAUUAACAACUUUCAAUACCACAAGUAAAUUCAUAACUUACCUCGGUUUCACAAAAAUCACCGCUAUCCUUUGCUAAAUAUUGACUUUUUGAAAAAAUGUGAAGAUUGGCGAUUUGUGAAACCAGAAUUAGUAGUUUGUACGAACAAAAUGAAGUUUUUCAAAUGAUCAUCUUACUUCUAGACACUGGAAUGUACACGUAGAAUUGCUACAGAUGACAAAUCGCUUUCAAUGCGAUAAUUCACCAUUACGCUGCUUUUGAUGUACAACCGCCUGCCACUUCUUCGUCAUGAAAAAAUAAAUACCUUAUAAAAUAUUGUAAAA